AUCAUCAUGGCGUCGCCAAUCAGAUUCGCCGUUUCGUAUCUCUCAUCCCUUUAAGCAGGAACUUCACGUCAUUUCACGAUACGCGUGAUACGAUCCAUCGAGUUAUCUCGUAGCUGCAAAGUUGCACGCGCAGGAGUGGAGUGGAGUGUCUGCGCGAGCCGACCGUGUUGACAUCUAGGAAGUUUAAGAUGUCGGGGAAUGUUUUGUGCUACGAGCCGCUGGUAUGUUCGCGGACGAAAUGACUUGCUUGUUGUGGCGCCCGUCAGCUAAAUUCCGGCCUAAGUUAAAUCCCAAGGUGCUGUAAAAGCGUCGCGCCGCCGGUGGGACCGUGCCAGGUCGUCCAGUCGUCACUCGCCACCGACGCCGACGCCGUCGCCGAGCGGGGACUGGGGAGUACAAGAUAGACCGAGGGCAGAAGAGAGUAAAAGACGAGACGAAGGCGCCGAGGACUGGUACCACAGUGUAUGUGUAUGCGCGCGUACCACUGCCAGGACCUGAAGGUAUCCGUAAUCCCGGGAGUCGCGUUCCUCUUUUUUCAUUUCUCUUCCCGGUCGUACCGAGCGGACAGGUGAAUUUAAUCGUCAGGGAAGAAGUCGGACGGAAUUAGGUGGACAGUGGAGGUGGAACGCGGGACGAUAUACACACACACGUGGUGACGAUUUUCCAACAAUCAUCUCAGCUGUGAUGGGAGCCAAGGCGAGUACCGUGGCACAAUCCGCUGGUGGCAACGGUCAGUCCUCCACUGGUGCCAAUGAGACCACGAUGCAGGGCUUCUCUAUGCUUCGCUCUCUGCCUGGUGGCGUGAGUAUGCUUCAGCAUCAACACCAGCAGGCCAAUCAGUCGCAGAACUCGCGUAUAUCCGGAGACAGUAGACAGCGUGCACGCUCUCUGAGUUCCGUGCCGGAUCUCUCCUCCGCCGAGCAGGCUAGCCUCUCCACCUCGGUCGGGGUAGGAGUUGGCCAGGCCCUCGGACUACCACAGCUCGACUCCGAUGACACCGACGAGGAAAGUGGUCGCGUCUACGCCGCUCACAGCUUGCCUUCGCACAUUUGGUCCCUUAACGGUCUAAAGUGUCCUGUAUGCUCCAAGUUUAUUCUGCCGGAUGAUAUCGAGUGUCACUUGGUCAUGUGCCUGACCAAGCCACGGCUCAGUUACAAUGAAGAUGUGCUGACGGAUGGAAAAGGCGAAUGUGUCAUUUGUUUGGAAGAGUUACAAUCUGGAGAUCUAAUAGCCCGCUUGCCCUGUCUCUGUAUAUAUCAUAAAAACUGUAUCGAUAAGUGGUUUCAAGUGAAUCGUAGCUGCCCUGAACAUCCUGGAGAUUGAUUUGUACCUGCUGAACUUGGUGAAGUAUAGUGGAACAAGUUGCUAGCCCAAUGGACAUUUACGUCGAUGGGAUUGAGGUGGCAGGAAAUCGCAGAAAUUUUAAAAGAAGCUAGUCAAGGUGGCUGCUAGUCCGCAAUGGUGAUUGGUGCGUGCGGUGAAUUGUUCGACUGAACGAGACUCACUCAUCAAAUCGAACAUACGGAAAUACAUGAUGUUUGAUUCAAUCCUCAAUUCUGCUAUUAUUAAGCGGAGGACUUAAAUAACAAAAAAAAAAUCGCCAUAGGAUUCAACGAUACACAAUGCUAUUACCUAUACGUAUCUAUAAUUAAUCUAUUAUUGCUCUAUCGCUUAAUACCAAUUGUACUAUAUUUAUAAAUUUUACUUAGUUUUACAUCUUGAACUCAAUUUAGCGCUUAAGCAGGACAAUCUUUAUUAUUAUCAAUCAUGAUUUCUUCUUAUUCUUUUUACGAUUCUUUUUUUUUUCUUUCUGGAAAAGGGGGACUGGACGAAUCUUAGUCAAGGAGACCUGCAUAAGAGCAGGUGAGCUCUACCUUAGAUAAGUUUAGUUAUAUACUUUAAUUAAUUUUUAGUAUUGAGACGAUAUAUCAUAAUUUUCGUUGUCUGUUGGGGAAUGAGUGCUAGAAAGGAUAUUUUUGAUACUUUCAUAAAAGGGAGAGCCAGAAUGUGUAUAAGAGUUUCGAAGGCUGGAGAUGACGACGUAACACUGUUGAUGCUGUAGUAACAAUAAAGGUUCUGAUUUAACCUUCCUUACUGAGAUUCAUACUAAUGUGAUAAUCUCUUUUGUUGUUAUUAGAGAGAAUUGACACGCUCCGUGUUACCGAGAUGUACAGUCUAUUGUCGAUUACUGAGGAUUACCUACUGUAUAAUUAAUCUCUUUUGUAUAUGGAUAAGGAUUGACAUAACCCAGCAGUAGUUUUUGUAAUAUGAACAAUCAAAGUUUAUCAUUGUUCCGAUAAUAUAUGCGCAAAAUCGUAUAUUUCGGCUCGGAUUUGUCUUUACGCGAUUU